AUGAAGCGACCACCAGACGAAUGGAGGAAGGAUUUCACGCUGUCUUCCAUGCCGGGAGGAUCCGGGCUCUUCUCCUUAUUGGGCUCGCGGCUGUCGGCUUCGUUCGCGGGCAAUGGCGCCUCAACAUCUCUUCCAGCUGGACCCACAGAACUGCACCGGUUCAUUCAGCACGACCCCUUCACUCCGCCUAUGCACCUCGACCUUCGUCAGCCACCGACCGCGAUCACGUUCCGCGACGCCCCUUCCGGCCCCCAAGCGCACUCGCACGCGCACUGGCUGCGACUGCCCACAUGCACGCCCCCUCGGCCCCGGGUACGCCUGUUCCACAAGCGUCUGCCGUGGUACAUCGACGUCGCGGGCCACAACGGCGUGCUCGUCGUGCUCGCGGAGGUCUUCUGGUCGCUGUAUGCGUGUCUAAUGACCCAGAUCGGUGACGGCGACUUUCACAACAUCCUCAUGGACGAUCGCGCACGCACCGCCAUCGCCGAGGCGUGGCUCGAGCGCAGCUCUGUUAGCGAGGAGGAGAGGAAGAAGGGAAUUUUGCGCCUGGACUUCCUUUUGGGCGAGUACAUCAUGGAGGGCGUACGGGAGGUCGAUGGGGGGCUCUGGGAGAUCUGCACCAGGAAACAAGACGAGAUCGCAUGCAGCGAGAUACCUGCUUGA